GGGCUGGGCUUCUCUUAGUGGCAGCUCUGUUCCGAAUCGCCGCCGCCUCCGCUCUUCUUCCUCUUCCUCUUCGUGUCUUGUUGGCGGCGGCUUCAAACUGGAAAGCUUGAGCUAGGGUUUCGCCUUAUCCCCUCUCCCCAGCCGGUCAGCGCAGAGUAAGCAAGCGGAGAGAAGAGAGAGGGAAGAUGAGCCGUAGCCUGGGGAUCCCGGUGAAGCUGCUGCACGAGGCGGCGGGGCACGUCGUCACGGUGGAGCUCAAGACCGGCGAGGUCUACAGGGGCUCCAUGAUCGAGUGCGAGGACAACUGGAACUGCCAGAUCGAGAACAUCACCUUCACCGCCAAGGACGGCAAGGUUUCGCAGCUGGAGCACGUCUUCAUCAGAGGGAGCAGGGUCAGGUUCAUGAUCAUACCCGACAUGCUCAAGAACGCCCCCAUGUUCAAGCGCCUCGAGGCUAGGAUAAGGGGCAAAGGGUCAGCUAUUGGCGUCGGUCGUGGCCGUGCCGUUGCAAUGCGUGCUCGGUCUGCUGGUGGCCGUAGCGGUGGUCCUCCUGUUGGAGGACGAGGUGGUGCGCCUCCUGUGAGGCGGUAGAUUUAUCCACAGCACUGUUUGAGCUGAGCUGCUACCUGUUUGAGGAACUCGCAGUCUUCGCUACCAAAAAAUAGCUGGCAGCAGCCAUGCUCGUGAGCUUCUGUACCUCCAGUUUAGUUUGUCUGUUGCAGAUUCGAUUUCACUCCUGGUGUCUUUAACAGAUGUAUUGCUGUUAGCUAUAAGCAUGCGACUUGAAUACUCGAUAGCUCGAGGCUGUCAUUGGAAUGAAUUAUCUCAUGUGUAUCCUGGAGCUUACUGUGAGUUAACUUGAAUCGGUUGCUGCUGAACUUAGAGAGAUUA